CCCGAAUGAACUUAAACGUGGAGCCGGUACCCGGUUCGCAAGGACAUCAAGUAAAUACAGCGCCCAAACUAUGAACUUUUUCACGACCGUUUUCUCUCGGUUUUCCUCCGAUAUAGGUAUGAAUUUGAAUAUCAAAGGGAGAUUCAUUCGAUUAGUCGAUGUCAACAUACUGUUAUGAAACCAUGGACUGUCGAGUAACAAGAAUUGUGUAUUUCGUUCUCGUUUACACGUACUGUUCGUUGUUUUGCGUGGUAGCUUUGGAAAAUAAUACUGCUGAAGAUGCGUUCACAAACGAAAAGAAGUUACUUGGGAGUAUUUACAAUGAGAGUUUUCAUAACUUUGAAUCAAAUACUCCUCAAAGGAAAUGGAUUACACAAUUGUUUCACGAGGCCGAAACAGUUUUUGAAAUGGAUUCCAACGUGAAUACAGAGUGUAAAAGAGAUUUCGAUUUGUAUAAAUUGCAUCUAAGAAAUCAAUCUGUGUGGGCUGUCAGAAUGAUGGAAUCAUCGGAAUGGCCAUCAGUCGGUAUCUUCUCUGGUACGGGGGCUCAUUUGGGAAAUUUCGAAGAAUGUUUGACGAUUUCAUCAUACAACAUCAAAGGACAAUAUUGUCUGGCCGACGCUAUUUACGAUUACCCGGAUAUUCUUCAAAAUGAACUCGUGGAAGUGCCCGAUGAAAGAAUAUCUGCUUGGGAAGCUGUCUUAAUGUAUGAAAAAAAUCCAGUCAGAGUGAGCAGAAAAAAAUUGAACUUCGCCAUGUGCAUACCGUCAUCUUGUAAACCUACUGAUUUAAAGAUUUCCCUCAAUAACACCUUGUACCCGUUGUUCAAAAAUCACGGGCUCGAUAUGACAAUUGACGUAAAUCCUACAUUAUGUAAAGUUCGGAAAGAAAACACUUAUCCGCAGGGAUAUUUCAUUGUCAAGUGGCUUUUUGCGGUUCUAUUUUUGGUUGUAAUGUUAUCUACUUGUUUAGAUUUCAGAGAAAAUGAAGCAGUUAACAGAUUCACAGACAUCCUACAAUGCUUUUCUUUGGCGAAAAAUUUCAAAAAACUGGGAAAAUUCGAUCCAAAAACUGAUUAUGCUUCUUUACAUUUCGUGAAAAUUUUCAACAUUUUAUUUGUGAUUUACGGACAUCGUUUCAUUUAUUUCCUCGGGUAUCCUAAAUUCAAUCCCGAAACUUUAGAGAAAUGGUAUAAUGCUUCCAGCAUUGAAUUAAUACAUACGAACGUUGUAGAUGUGUUUUUCGCGAUUAGUGGUUUUUUAUGCUUUCAUUUCGGGUAUUCAUCAAUGGUUAAAGGAGGAGGAUUUUCACUUAUAUUUAGUGUCCUGUUUCGAUGGAUAAGAUUGGUUCCAGUGUUUUGUAUUGUAAUCUUAUACAUCAUAUACAUAUUACCUUACACGGGUGAAGGUCCAAUGUGGGAUUAUAGAGUAAUGAAUGAAGUUACCAAAUGCAAGGAGAGUUGGUGGGCAAAUCUUUUAGCCAUCAAUAAUAUUGUUAAAACUGAUCAACAGUGUUUAGUGAUCAGCUGGUAUAUAUCAACGGAUAUUCAAUUGGCUAUCAUUGGUGGUAUUUUAUUGUACAUUUUCACCAAGAAUGAAAAAAUUGGAAUUUACGCCAUAGGAUUUACUUUAGUUGUAUCUAUUACCACCACAUUCACCGUAGCCUACAUAAACAAAUUCCAUGGACUUUUAAGACUUUACAUGAGUUUAUUGGAAGAACCAAGAAAUGAACCCGAGUUUACCAAUUUUUACAUUGCUCCAUAUGUAAGAGCAGGUCCUUACUUGAUCGGUGUUAUUGCAGCUGUUGCAGUUAAAUUACUGAAAGACAGAGAAUUCAAAUUAACCAACAAACAAAUAUAUUUAAUUUCAUUUCUAUCCAUAUUAAUAAGCGAAGGAAGUCAAUACUACGGAUGUUUAUUUUACAAUUUUAAUAGACCAUAUAACAGAUUUGAAAGCGCUUUAUUUGCGUCACUUAAUCGUUCGUUAUUCGUAUUCACAUACGCAGUGCAUAUAUUUUUGUAUUUCACUUCUGGAUUAGGAUUUAUAACUAAAAUUACAGGUUUAAAAGUAUGGGUUCCACUUGGACGAUUAACCUAUUCGGUUUUCUUAAUCAAUACAGUGAUCCAAUUGUAUCACGCUUCCAUACAAAAACAACCAAUGCCAUUAUCUAAAUUGAAUUUGCUAUGGUUGGCACUUGGCGAUGCAGUAUGGAGCUACGUGAUAGGAUUAAUUUUACAUUUAUUUGUUGAAGCUCCGAUUGCGAAUUUGUCAAAACUGAUCCAGAAACCAUUAGUGAAGGCGAUCAUAAAAAUAAAAUCGGAUAAACCCAGUGAAAAGACUAAUUCGAACGUUGAAACCAAUGAAGUGAAAAAUGGAAAAAUAAAUGAUCUCGUGAGAACAAAUGGAAAAUCCCUUCCAUACAUUUACAAUAAUGAAACGUUCGUUAAUGAAGAAAAUUCUUCAGAGGUUCCAAAGUCGUAGAGGUAGAUUCUAAAACAGGUGUCAGCCAUUUCCUGAUUUUGAACUUGAAGUGGAUACCAAACGAGAAAAGAACAACGGAGAGCAGAACCUGAAAUAAUCGAUCUUAUGGUUGCAUUGAAAGAAGAUGAACUUGACAUUCCCAGCUGAUUCCGGCUGUGAUGAGACGCCGGGUUUUUCAUUCAGAGUACAGCUUUUUCAUUCGUAACCCUCAAAAAAAUUUUCAAUGCAGAUCAUCAGUUUCAAAAAUUAGUUGAUUUAGUUUAUAACUUCCCAACAAUGUAAUUGUGAAAUUCUAGAGAAGAGGACUGCCCCGUGAUUAAGAUAAUUUAGAUGUAAUGAAGGGCGUUGCUUCUACCUAUUAAGUAAUUUGAAUAAAGAAAUUAUAAUAUGAUUUUUCAACUUUUCAACUUUCAACUACAUGACUUUCUUGACCAUCUCAAUUUUUCAUGUAUUUUUUCUCAUUUGUAAAAAUAGAGAUAGGUAUACUAUUACUAUAUGUACUAUUUUGUGUUGAAUUUACUUGGUUAGUAGAUACCUAAUCGAAAAGAAUGAAUUACAUCUUUGAUCUUU